UGGAGGACUCUAUUUAGAUAGCCUAGCCGAGGGUUAAAUCUCGCUAAGAGGAUGGUGGUUAUCGUUUAACUGUAUAUUGGCAAAGGGAAAAAAGAAAAAAAAUGGAGACUUGAGCGAUUAGUUAAACAUUGACUGCAUUUUUUGGUUAUGUGUUGUCGUCGUUUUGCAACGGGGAGGCUCCAAGGUGAGGAAUUCCAGCCUCCAGCUCAGAGAGGCAUCUUCUGCUGCUUUCACAGAAAAAUCUGGUUGCUUUCAGCAGUAGAAGGGGAACAGCACGGCUUUUCCUCCUAAAUAUUCUGUGCCGUACACCCAACCCCUCUAAGGAUAGCAUGGGAGGACAAGCACAAUGAAUAGAUACACCACAAUUAGACAGCUUGGCGAUGGCACCUAUGGAUCUGUCAUCCUCGGUCGCAGUCUGGAGUCGGGGGAACUUGUUGCCAUAAAGAAAAUGAAACGGAAAUUUUACUCCUGGGAGGAAUGUAUGAACCUUAGAGAAGUCAAGUCCCUAAAGAAACUCAACCAUGCGAAUGUGAUCAAACUUAAGGAGGUCAUUCGGGAAAACGAUCACCUGUAUUUCAUCUUUGAGUACAUGAAGGAAAAUUUAUAUCAGCUGAUGAAAGACCGGACACGUUUGUUCCCCGAAUCAGCUGUGAGAAAUAUAAUGUUUCAGAUCCUGCAGGGACUUGCAUUCAUUCAUAAGCAUGGGUUUUUCCAUAGAGACAUGAAACCAGAAAAUCUCCUCUGCAUGGGUCCGGAGCUGGUGAAGAUAGCCGACUUUGGGCUUGCCCGGGAAAUCAGAUCUCGACCCCCUUACACAGACUACGUCUCAACUCGAUGGUACCGAGCUCCAGAGGUGCUCCUCAGGUCCACAUCCUACAAUUCACCCAUCGACCAGUGGGCAGUGGGCUGCAUUAUGGCUGAGCUUUACACGCUCAGACCUCUGUUCCCAGGAUCGAGUGAAGUGGACACAAUAUCUAAGAUCUGCCAAGUCUUGGGUACGCCAAAGAAGACUGAUUGGCCGGAGGGACACCAGCUGGCGAACGCCAUGAACUUCCGCUGGCCUCAGUGCGUUCCCACUAAUCUGAAGACACUGAUUCCCAAUGCCAGUCCUGACGCCAUCCAUCUCAUGACAGACCUCCUUCAGUGGGACCCAAAGAACAGGCCAGCUUCUGCUCAGGCCCUCAGGUACUCGUAUUUCCACAUGGGCCAAGUUCUGGGCACCCCUCAACAGAUCCUGGAGCAGAGCAGACCUCAGCCAGGUCUUGUGCAGCUGCAGCCUCCUUUGCUGUCACAGCAGACCCUGCAGCAGCAGCAACAGCCUCUACUCUUGUUGAGGCCGAUGCCUCCUGCCCAGCCUCCGCCUCCUAGCCAGCAGUGCACCCCUCCCAGGCCUCUCCAGCCGUCCCCGGCAUCAGCAGCGUACCAGCGGCACACGGGGCUGGUUCGGGAGCAGCAGCCAAAGCACAUCGUUAAGCAGGAGCAGACGGCAGGAAUUCCACAGAGUCACCUUCCUUAUAUUGUUGAUAAGAGUCUGCAAAACAAGCCAAGGGAGCAGGAGCCAAGCCCUCUUAAUUAUCAGGUGAAACCUAAAGGGGGAGGGCGGCGGCGGUGGGGGCACAGCAAAGGGGAAGACUGGGACAACUAUGAAGAGAGCGACCUGUCUUCCUUGAGCCUUCGUGGAAAAAAUAACUUUUCUUCUGAAAAGCGAAGGCAGGGAGAGGACGCUCUGAGCAGGUUUGGGAAUGUUCUGGAUUACAGUCGACCCAGUGGAAAAGAAGACACACCUUUGAACCUAAACAAGACUGCAGCCUAUCAGGAGCCACUGAGAACCGCCUCCGCCAAGCAGCACUACCAGAGGCAGUCCAGAUUUCUACCUGGCAUAAGUACAAAGAGGAGCGUGACCAUCGAUGCCAGUAAGGAUUUGACUGGAAGCCAUCUUUGGGGUGGCAGCAGUAUUCCUUUUGGAGGAACUCUGCCAAGCAGAGGAGCACACGGUACAAACACUAUCCCCGGUGGAUACAUGCCAUCAUUUUACAAGAAAGACACUGGCUCUGCUGGUCACAGAGGGAGGCAGAGUGCAUCUCUGGAAGCAACAGCAUCAAAUUAUGCAACAUGGCGGUCUGGUCGGAGUCAGAUGAACCCCUCCAGUGAUGUACCCGCAGCCAACAAAAGCACGCCGGGUCUGCUUCCUCGCCCUCCGCUGCAGAGCAUCCAUGGCCGAACAGACUGGUCUGCCAAAUACGGACACCGAUAGUGGCCUCUGCCUUCUUGCCAGUCAACUUUUUGUGUAUACUUGUCUCCUAUAAAGAAAUGUUGAUAGUUUCGCUGUUGUUAAAAUGAUAUGUUCAACAUUAAAAUAUUAUUAUGCAUUACUGAUUUCUUGGUUUCAGGUAUUUAAGUAUAAAAUACAUUUUUUAUGUGAUGUAAUGGUGUCAUUUUCAUUAAAUAUGCAAAUUGUUUUUCAUUA